GAGGACCAGCCGGAAGGGCAGCCCAGAGAUUCAUCUCAUGUGAAGGGCCAAGCUAUUCAAAAGAAUUCCGUGUCAGAAGUGAUUUUGUCUCUCCGAUUUUUAGCUGUCUUCAAGGACACGUAUACAGUACAUGGCACAAUCCUUGGGGAAGCUGCCUGGAUUUUGCAGGGUCACUUCGACUCAAAGGGCGAAUUCAUUGGAGACUAUUCUGAUUGGGAGAAGGUUGCAGGGAAGCUCACGAAGUUGUGGUUUGGGGAUGAAGCUCCUUCACCUGUCAAGACUCGUAGCACUGAAGCGCCUGACUUUCACACCCCUGGUUUGGUUCACAGAGUUGUUGAGCCUUCGUCCAGUGAUGUUGCUGAGUGGAAGAGAAGUGCAUCCUGUGGGGAGGCUUCUUCGGCAACGCCGCCGGUAGUCAUUGAGCCAGCUGUUACGCCACAAGGCCAUAAGACAUACUUUGAGGUUGAGACUCCAACCAAGAUUCCGAAUCCUCUGAAAAAAGUCCAACUUAUGGCUGAAAAGAAAUUAGAGCAGCAACUGAAGCGUCAAAAGAAAGAUGAUGCUGGAGGUCCUCAGGUGCCAGCUGCUGCUGGCACUACUACAGGAUCGUCUGGCAAGGGGGGAAAGAAGAAGAUUGAGAGUGGCAAGAAGCGCAAACCCAACAAUGGCCCAAUGAAAAUUGCCAUGGACAAGUUCAUUGCAAAGAAGCGGGCCAAAGGCUUCAGUUACAAAGAUAGCCUCCGACUUUGGUCGACGUCGAAGCAGCGGCAGGCAAUU